UCCUCUCGAGCCGUGGUGUCGGGUUUCACCGCGAGUAGGCAUGAGAGUAGGAGCGGUCGAUUCCUUCAUUCAUUUUCUGUCAAGGGUAGCGUAGCGUGUGCCAAUGCAAAGUAGGCAACACUCAACCCCGCUGGUUAACAGUAGCUAGGCGCUUACUUUGGUAUGAUAUUUUGGCGGUGAGCGAUGGAAAUGAAAGACUCGUGCAGUGUCAUUUUAACAGCAUAUCAUUCAUACGCACAGUCCAGGAUACAUUUGGUGGAUGAGGGCUAUGCGCCUCCAAGACACUCUCCUUGCAGGAAGGUGCAGUACCAGGGGAUAGACCUACUAGGCAGGAUGAGUUCUAGGGGGACCAGGCCCUCUCCCCCUCCCAGCCCACCGGAGCGGCCGGCGUCACGGGACUCCCAGGACUCCAUGGAGGACUACUGGAGCGAAGUGAAGAACAUUGAGGAAGAUGGUCAUCGGGGCCACGAGGACUUGCUGGAGAAGGGCAGUAUGGACGGUAGGCUACAGGCGGAGCUUGAGGAGGCGUGGCUGCAGGAUGCGGGUCUUUCCACGCUGGUGUCGGGGGCGUUGGGGGAGGGGCCUGCGGAGGCGCUGCUCUCCACGCUAACGCGCUCGCAGGCAGCCAUGGUGAAGAAGCGUGUGGAUAAUUACACCCUGACCGUGAGGAAGAGAAGCAAGCAGCCGACUAGACACGUCCGAGACAUCUUCUCCACGCCAGACACAUCGCCAGUUGAUCCCAUACCCCCUGUCCCCCCCACGUCACCCAAUGGAGACAUGCCUUCCAGAUGCGUCCACCGGACGUCUUCUAGAGUGCGGCCUGCGUGUCCCAGCUUCUCCCAGAGCACAGAGAGAUGUGUUUCAGAGUGCCCUCCCUGCCCACCACCUCAGGACACCUCUGACUCCCUGUCUUUCGAGGUGCCCUACUCCGAGGGCACCACUGCACACCACAGGGGCCGCCAGGGGGACUGCCAGGACUGCCAACGCAUCCGCAGAGAUGACCAUGACCUGCCAACAUUUCAGCUGCCCAGGCCUAAACUGGGCCUCACCCGCAUCCAAGACCUGUCUUGUGAGGACAUGAAGAAGAUCGGCUACAUCUCUUUGAUUGAACUGACCACCUUCUACGACGGCCUGGGCAUCGAGCUCAAACGCAACCGAGCGGCACGUAGCAAGGCCAGAGAAAGUGGUAUAUUUGGAGUUCCCCUAACCACUCUACUGGAGAACGACCAGAAGAAGUUUCCUGGGUCCAAGGUUCCUCUUGUUUUCAGAAAGCUCUUGUCCAAGCUGGAGCAGACAGGACUACAGACUGAGGGGAUUCUCAGAGUACCAGGGUCUGCCUCCAGAGUGAAACAUCUGCGCCAGGAGCUGGAGCAGAAGCUCUAUGAGGACCGGUUUAACUGGGAGCAGGUGAGGCACAAUGACGCAGCGGGUCUGCUGAAGAUGUUCAUCAGAGAACUGCCUUAUCCUCUGCUCACGUUCCAGCACGCUCCUGCCUUCUCCGCCGCACAGAAUAUCUCCUCUCCCAGACAGCAGAUCCAGGCCCUGCACCUCCUCAUCAUGCUGCUACCUGAGCCCAACAGAGACACACUCAAGGCGCUGUUGGAGUUCCUGAGGAAGGUGGUUGCCUAUGAGGAAAAGAACAGGAUGGGUCUGUGGAACGUGUCCAUGAUCGUGGCUCCCAACCUCUUCACCUACCGGGGCAAGAACGCCAAACAGGAGGAGAUACAGGGCGCAGCAGGGGCAGCCCACCUCGUACGGCUACUCAUCACACACCAGGACCUGCUCUGGACCGUGCCCUGCUUUCUCAUCUCCCACGUGAGGAAGUUAAAUGAGGCUGGUGCCAGCAAGAAGCCGCCCAGCUCAGAGAAGACCAAGAGGAAGCUGCUACAGAUUAGGAGGAAGACCACUGAACGAGAGAAGACUGAGAGGAGCGAGCUCACUGACCUCCGACAAGGGGUCAUCAGGGUUCACGCCCCACUACACGCCAAGAUCUCCAUGGCGAUCCAGCUUGACAACGAGACCAAGGCCAAAGACGUUAUGGCGCGCUUCGACUACGAGAACGGUCGUGGCACCAGAAACACUAGUCGGAGGCCAUGUCAGUAUUUGUUUGAGGUCGGAGGAAACAUAGGUGAACGUAGCUUGGACCCUGAGACUCACCUUCUAGACGUGUACCACGUGAAUCCCCACUGCGAAUGGGUCUUAAAACCCACAACCACAUGAGAACUGAGGAUUUCACUCACUCAAACACAGAGCACAAGCAGACUGAACCGCUGCUCUCUUGAGGUCAUCCUGGUGAACUGACCAUGCAUGGAGGCCUGGUUGAAUUGAGGUUUCAUCCCCAACUACAGACUACUAAAAAGAGAGACGGCACUUAAAAAGGGACUAUGAAGAGGUACAUUCUCCUGCUGAAGGAUAGAUAGUUCCUGUUUUGUGGGAUUAAACCUUUUUUUAAACAAAUUACAAAAAAAAGGACGGAACCACUGUACUCUGAAAAUCCGGGUUCUGUAUGGAAGUAUUUGGAGGAGGGACAGCUUUGUGAAGACGUGCCACACACGUGACCAACAACAUACUAUUUCUGGACAUUUGAAUUGUUUGAUGCCAAAUAUGUGCGCAGCAAGGUUCACCCACUACAGAGGCCAUGGACACAGUAACAGACAAGGAUGGGUCUGAUAAUCAAAUAAUGUUUACCACUUCAUGCAAGAUCCAGUUAACAUAUAUUUUCUAUAUUUAUACCACUAAUUGAUCCUGUUUUUAAGUAUUGUCAGACAUAAUACAUGUAAUUUUGUAAUUGCAGCAUGUUGAUUGCAAAACCAUUGGGAGUGAGGAGAUUCAGAACAUGUGCAUGAUGGGAAGGAACAAGCGGAGAUGGGAUGAUCUUAUACUGAAUACAGACAUUGUUUCCAUCUCCAACGUUGAAACAACUUCCUUUUCAUGGUCUCUGAUCAGGACUAGGCAGGUGAUAACAAUUUAGUGAAAGCCUAUCCAGUCCCUUCACCUGUCAGUGGUCAUGAUGGAAAGGUGAUGAGGAGAGGAAGCUGUGUCAGAGUAUUGAAACACAGCCCCACAUCAGAAACUUCAUAGCAGUUUGCCUGACAUGCUUCCAAACUGAUUUGACUUUGUUUCACUUCAAACCACAGUGUUCAGUCUGUUUUAACCAGGCUAGUCUUUGUCUGCUUACAGUGUUUGAACUUGUGAAUAAUGUUUACUUUCAGUGUAUGUAUGUAUGUAUGUAUGUAUGUAUGUAUGUAUGUAUGUAUGUAUGUAUGUAUGUAUGUAUGUAUGUAUGUAUGUAUGUAUGUAUGUAUGUAUGUAUGUAUGUAUGUAUUAGCCCAACCAACCUCUCUCCACUUUGUUCUGGGUCGUUCCAACUUUGUGCCUUUUGAGAAGUGUAACUUAGUCAAAAAUAUUGAUUUCACCUAAUUUGAACAUUGUCAUAAAGAGCACAUGUUAAACUUAAUUUAAAAAAACUGUUUUCCCAUCAAGGUAAAAUAAAAAAAUAAGUUCCUAUUAAGUGCCAAAUAAAGUAACAUGGCUGACUGUAACAGGGUUGAUGAUUUCAUCUUAAAACAGCCAUAAAUCCCCUUGUUGUGAGAAAUUUGAAAGAAAGUAAGCUUCAAAAUGUUUUUUUUUAUUGUUAAAAAAUUGUUAUGUUCGACCCCCACGCACUUUUCCAUCACAAAACACCAGAACAUGGUAAAAACACACCAGAACAUGGUAAAAACAAAGAAAGAGGAGAACCAACUCACCUGCUUUUACACCAUGGGGGUUGACUAGUAAAUGUUCAAUGUUUCUUUUGAAAAAUACAUUUAUAAAGGAAUAGUUUCGCCAUGUUAAAACGAGUUCAGUUCACGUAACAGGGUUGACCUUAAAAUGAGGGACAGACGUAAAUGAAUCACUCAUCACGUUAAAUAAAUCUUCAGAAAUUACUUUUUCAGAGAAAUAAAACAACUAGGACUUUACAAUGAUGGUGAAAACCUGGGAGACAUUUUGGGGUUAAGGGGGUUAAAGUCUUUCUAGAAGUCAGAGUUGACAUUCAGAGUUGCUGAAUUUUGGCACUAUUAAAAUACUUAUUGUAUUCUUCAUGUGGUCUAUAUUAAAGGGCACUUAAUUGAAUAUAACAGGCUUUUAAAAUGCCUUAUUGGUGCUCGAUUUCUACUUAGCAUAUUAAAGGCACUCUUUGUGGAACGACCAGCAGUGUUAGCCUAGCCUGGCUUCCAACUUGGUUUCACUUCAAACCAUAGUAAAUGCUUACAGCAUUUGAACUUGCGACUGUUUACUUGCAGCUCAUGUACGUAUUAGUCAAACCAACCUCUCUACUUCUACUAUGCUGUGCUGUUACUGUAGUUCAGUGUUUGCCUGUGCCAUGAUUGUCAGCCUUUUUUUGUUACAAGUAUUCUGUGGUCCCAAAAUGAACCUGUAGAAAAUGCAUUGAAAUCAUCGUUCUGCUCAGGAUUAUUUAAUUUAUCCUUCCAAAGCCAUUGUGUGUAAAAUAAUUGUGUGAAAGAUUAAUUUGUACCAUAGACCUACUACAAUGUGUGUAUUGUCUGUAUAUAGAAUACUGAAUUUUGCACGUUUUUAUUUUGUUUUAUUUGCUUUCUUUUAUUUGACCACGACAGUUUUGGCCAAGUGGCACAAUGUUUCACUGACACUGAGUAACAAUGGAAUAUAAAGUAAAGUAAAACAUUUCCUUCCCA